UCCCCGGCGCUCGGGGCGCCGCCAUGCCCGGCCGUCUGCUGCGGGGCCUGUGGCGGCGAUGGCGCCGUUACAAGUACCGUUUCGUCCCCUGGAUCGCGCUGAACCUCAACCACAACCCGCGGACUCUUCGCUACGUCCCCGAGGAAUCCAAGGACAAAGUCAUCACAGAUCAAGAAGUCCUAGGAGCGUUACUGAAAGUUUUCCAGGCUCUCUUCUUAAAUGACUUCCAUAAGCAAACCGAUGUCGUGACUGUACUUCCAGAAGCUGUGAAGUCAGCGUAUCAAGGCCUCCUGGCGGUUCAGCAUAGGAGGGUGAAUCCACUGGAAAACAGACAUCCACAGCAAAUUAACCUGAAACCAGAAGACAUUCUUUUUAAGACCCUGGGCUUCAGUGUGGCCCGAGCAACUAGCUCAGUGCUUUCUGCAGGAAGAGGCGUUUUCGUCACUAAAGGAUUGGUACCAAGGGGCACAGUUGUGUCUAUGUACCCUGGUACAGUCUAUCAGAAGUAUGAGCCUGUCUUUUUCCAGUCCAUUGGAAACCCAUUUAUUUUUAGAUGCUUGGAUGGGACACUCAUUGACGGAAAUGACAAAGGACUAUCAAAAGUUAUAUACAGGUCUUGCAGUGGGAGAGAUCGGCUUGGCCCUUUAAGAAUGAGUGAUAGCACGUGGCUAACACCUGAAAUGCACAACCCCUUGGCUGUAGGGCAGUAUGUGAACAACUGUUCAAAUGACAGAGCAGCUAAUGUCUGUUAUCAAGAGUUUGAUGUGCCUGCAAUUUUCCCUGUGGAACUGAAGCAGUAUCUUCCAAACAUUGCCUACAGCUGUGACAAACAGAGCCCACUUCGAUGUGUUGUUCUUGUCGCACUCAGGGACAUUAAGCAAGGAGAAGAGCUAUUUUCAAACUACUACACAAUUGUCAGCUAACUUGGUGAAUUAAAAAUUAGGUUUUCAGACAAGUGCCUUAACUGCUAAGAUGAUUUCCCAGUACCCACAUAAAGCCAGAUGCACCACAUACAUUUGGAGUUCAUUUGUAGCAGCAGCAGGCUCUGUUGUGCCCAUUCGCAUCUUCUUGCUCUCU